GGUGUCUCCAGGGAGCGAGGCCCGGUCUUCCUUGGGGAGAAAAGACGAAGCGAGAGUCCCCGGCGGGGAUCCCCCUCUCCACCCGCCACCUGGGGGCCGGGUCGCGCCUGCACGGGCCUGAGCCCAAGCUGCGAGUCGCCAUAGGCGACCAGUCGAAAGCCUUAUGGUGGAAAACUGUUGGACCCAUUCAGACGGAAGGAUGAAAUCUCUACAUAGGAACAUGGUGUGAAUGGAAGAGGCCUGUCACUGUGAGUGUGGCUUUUGGUUAGUCACUGGAUGUCUUCCCCAGGAUGACAUGACUCUGAGACCGUAAACUUCAGUGGCUGAGAUAUAGUAUCAGCCUGCAGUUAAAUUACAGACAUGGCAGGACUUACAGUAGUUCUCUUUUUUUGUCGUGAACAUCUUUGAGUCACACUGGAAAGGAUGCAAACAGUACGGCACUCUGAACAGACACUAAAAACAGCUCUCAUCUCAAAGAACCCAGCGCUUGCGUCACAGUAUGAGAAGUUAGAUGCUGGGCAGCGCCGUUUGAUGAACGAAGCCUUCCGGCCAGACAGUGAUCUCUUUGCACCCAUUACUUUGCAUUCACAAUCAGAUUGGAUAAACUCCCAUCCUGAGGCUCCUCAAGACUUUGAAGAGUUUUUCAGUGAUCCUUACAGAAAGACACCUUCUCCAGCGAAAUGCAGUAUUUAUAUACAGUGCAUUGGGUCUCUAGGAAACACCAGAAGUAUCAGUGAAGAAUAUGUGAGAUGGCUCAAGGGCUACUGCGAAGCGUUUUUCUAUGGCCUGAGAGUCAAACUCCUGGAACCGGUUCCCGUCUCUGCAACGAGGUGCUCCUUUAGAAUCAACGAUAACACGCAGAACCUGCAGAUUCACGCAGGGCAAAUCCUGAAAUUCUUAAAAAAGAGGAAACCUGAAGAUGCUUUCUGUAUUGUGGGAAUAACGGUGAUCGAUCUUUACCCAAGAGACUCCUGGAAUUUUGUCUUUGGACAGGCCUCUUUGACGGAUGGUGUGGGAAUAUUCAGCUUUGCCAGGUACGGCAGCGAUUUUUACAGCUCACACUACGAAGGCAAAGUGAAGAAGCUGCAGAAGAAAUCUUCAAGCGACUAUUCGGUUUUUGAUAACUGUUACAUUCCCGAAGUGACUAGUGUUUUGCUGCUUCGGUCCUGUAAGACUUUGACCCAUGAGAUCGGACAUAUCUUUGGACUUCGACACUGCCAGUGGCUUGCAUGCCUCAUGCAGGGCUCCAACCACUUGGAAGAAGCUGACCGGCGCCCCCUCAACCUUUGCCCCAUCUGUUUACGCAAGUUGCAGAGUGCUAUCGGCUUCAGCAUUCAAGAAAGAUACAAAGCGCUGGUGAGGUGGAUUGAUGAUGAGUCCACUGACACACCUGGAGUUACUCCAAAACACAGUUGUGAGGAUAAUGUAAACUUGCCAAAACCUGUGGAAGCCUUUAAGGAAUGGAAAGAGUGGAUCACAAAAUGCCUGGCCAUUCUCCAAAAAUAAGUACCUUCCGAUAGGAGUAAUAAAAAUAAAUACUUGCACAUUAUGCAGUCAUUUGGGUGGAGUACUUCAUUGGAAUAAACUGUUCUAUUGACUCUG